GAUAAACAGACAAUAGUUCGUUCGAAUGGCAUUUAAUCACUACAAUUCUUUAGAUGUUUUGUAUUCUGAAGAUUCAACAAGUGUUACUGUUACUAUCUGGUGAUUAAAAUGUGCUUUAAAUAACAACAGCAAAAACAAUACUGAGUAUUGAAAGUGUUGUGUUAAACUUACUAUAUUGUAAUAAACUUGUAUACUGAGUAUUGACUGUGGUGUGUUAAACUUACUACAUUGUAAUAAACUUAUAUACAAUGUUCUACUUACUUGCAUUAUGGAUAGGAUUUACCAACUGUGUUUUAUCAUAUAAUCUUAGCAACAUACCAGGAAGAGAUUGUGUUGAUAAGUUACUAAAAACUAACCAAAGCUAUGAUAUCGUUGAUAUAACUAAUACUUCUUCGUUUGACUCUGUCGAAUGUCCGCGGAGAUCGAACAAAUUAAAGAUUAUAGAAGUAGUGCCUCCCAACAAAACUAAAUUUAUUUUCAGAGAUAUAUUUAUUUGUUGGCCUGAUAAUAUCCACCUUGGAACACUGAUCUUUAAUGGUGGAAUACUGAAAACAAGACCAAAUAUUACAACUACUUCAGUGUGUUCACCUCGUGAUAGCAUAGUCGUUUAUAAAAACUUUCACAGAAAAACAUAUGUACUGCUGAGGAUGCAUGGUGAGGUACAACUUACAGGAAGGGUAUUAUCUACGAUGGAAUCUAGAAUAAAACCAGCAAAGGCUUCAGCAAUUAUACGCACAGGAAACCAUACGAGGACAACCCGACAGAAACGGCAGUCAAUAGAACACCCCAGUUAUACAGAAAAAUCUUCCAUCACAGAUGGAUUAGAAUGUGGAAAGACCAGAAGCUGCUUCAGACAUGGAAUGAAGAAUUGUCAGCACUUUGGGUGCGACUAUUUUCUUAGCUACUGGAUGGAUAAACAAAAGGCAGUUGUAGAUUUCGAGCUAAGUGGAAAAUCAGAUGGUUGGUUGGCAGUUGGAUUCUCGUCAGACAGAAAAAUGGGUGGCGAUGCUAUUUUUGGAUGUAUCUUCCAACACACAAGAACCUUGCCUAUACGAGCAGCUUCAUUUGAAGAUCCUCAUCCACAUGUUCGUCCCCAGGAAAAACACAAUUUUGCACUGAAACAUUCCGAAAGCAAAAAUGGAUAUAUAUAUUGUCGCUUUAUUGUUCCUGUUAAGAGGAGAGAUAGUGGUGUUGAUCUGACGAAUGAAUGGGUACAAUUUUAUGCACGUGGAAAUGUUUCCGCCGGUUUAAUGGAAAAGCAUCACGAAAGACCUCUUAUGUCGGAGAGACUAAUAAGCAUUGUAGAAACUGUAAAUGUUAUCACUGUUGUGAAUGCUGGCUCCAUAUUAUUUCCGCUUCCUUUAUUGUAUACAGUUGGUAUAUGGAUAUAACUGUUUGAGUAUUGUCUAUGAUUGGCUUUUAGUUUGUGCAAGUUUCUAGAUGGACAACGUUGUGUAUACUAUUUCAUCGUGAUGAUAAUCUGGAAUUAAAAAUUUUUCAUUCCAGUAAACUGCUGAAUGGAUAAUUUGAGACUGUACAAAACAACCAUUUUGCUCAAGAGAUUACUAUGAUUGCUCAAGAAGGGGAUUGUUAUAGAUCUAAUUGCAAUAUUAGGUCACGGAAUAUCGAAAGAAUGACAAUCAUAAUGUAUCAUUAUACUGGGAUGUAGAAUGUAUUUAACACAAUUGUUAUACAUAAUAUGACUACAGAUUUCAAUAACGAAAGUGGGGAGACUUUUUCUUUCAAUAACAAUUGUCUGAUUGAAAUACUUUAGCCGAAACUAGAUUUUCAGUUAACAGAUAAUAAAAUGGUGAAAAAAGACACUGAAA